AUGUUAGCUGAUCUGAAUAGGAACCGCAAAAAUGACAUAAUUGAUGCCAUAGAUAAGAGAGAGUAUCUUGAGGCGACCUUUCUCUGUUUGAUUGGGUUGAUUGAUAUGGUCGCGGAUGUAUUGAACUACAUGGUAAUUCAGCCGGCCUUAUAUCUCUUCUAUCCUCUUUUAGAACGUUUUGCCAUCCUACAGUAUUUCACACGAACAAUUGAUGUAAUUGAGCAUCCAGAUGAUGCAAUGGAAGCCGUACUAACUAAGCCUCGUAAUGUAUGGUACGAUUUCUACUGGUCUUUAUCUGACAUGCGAUCAGACUGGCAGUUUCGCUUGGACGAGAACAGCAAAGGCAGAACAAAGGACCAGAUUAACUCCGAUCUCCGCCAGAUUCAGAUAAAAAGGAAGCAAGAACGAGAUAAUAUGCUGAAAGGUAAGCUAUCAGCAGCGCAACAAUUUAAAGUCCUAAUGGAAGAACCAGCGAAGACAUUUGACAAUCGAGAUGAUGCUGGAAUGAGUUAUGGUGAUUAUGUCUUAAAAGUUAUAGAUUGGAUAGUUGAAAGGAUUUCGCAAGUAUUGGAUAAGCUCACUAUUGGCUUAGUGUCUAAAAUAGGCAAAGUUGUCUCUUAUCUGCUGGGGGCUUUAUUUACCCUGGGUGUUUUAAUAGUUCGGAUUGUCUUCUAUUUGAUAUUACGUCUGCUGGGCAUUAUUAUUGGCCUGCUUCAGAAAUUGCCAAUUGUGGGCCGGCUCUUCCCACAACAGGUCGGUGCGAGAGAAAGAUUGCAGGAUGGAUUCCGAUCAAUGUUGUACGACCAAAUGCUAGCCUUGCAGCCCUGGCGCACGUCAAAGACUUAUCCUGAGCUGCGCAGACGCCAGAAGAUGACCAAGCUAUCGGCUAAAAAAGUAGGCAGAGCUUACAAACAUGCUAUCUAUGAUGGAUCUAGGUCAUUGUUUGAAUUCUACGUACAUGUCUGGAUUGAAGCGGCAGCCAUUGCCACAGGUAUGUUUAUUAAACUAAUUCAUGUGGUUGUAUCGCAUGCUUUAGAGACGUUUUCGCGAAUAGAGCUGUUAUUAGCAGUAGUCGCCAUUGGGACAAUUGUACUGGUGCUGUGUUCGACGAGCUGGAUGCCCAGCGGGGACCAUUCCAUAGGAUCCUUCGAUGCUAAUAACUGGCUAAUGGUCGAUACCACCGCAAAAUCCAUAGCCGUUAUUGGUGCUGGGCUAGUAUCGCUUCUAUCUCUUAUAACUCUUGGCCGCACGGUCUUUAGACGCACUACAGAAACCACCAAAGGCGAGGAUGCAACUAAGUUUGCUAAUGCCGCGGUCAAGAAACACGAGAACUUCGUUCUAACCCUUGGCAAACUCCUAAUCUUCCUCUGUGGCCUGCUAGCUCUCGGUCGGAUUCUUAGUGUGGUGACUCUGGGACAGAAGGAUGUAAUGGAAACAGUUAGAUUUGUUUUGUUCUGGAUAAUAGUGGCUGAGUUGAUUAGAGAUAUGCGCAACCAAUUUUCUGGCCUUGGCGUACGAGCUUCACGGCAAAGUCAAUGGCUAAUUGUCUUGGGUCUAGUGCUUGGCUCGCUGUUUGUAACCGAUGUACGGAUAUUUUUAAUCAUGCAAGUUGCUGCUUGUACUUUAGCACUUGUUACUGUAAUGAUUCCUGAUUUCCGCCGAAGUAAAUCAGGGCCCCAGUCAUUUAGACGUGGUAGAUGGCCUUACUUCUACUUUUUAAUCCGAAUAGGACUAAUAGUCGCUGUUGGUGUAAUACUAGGAUUCUCACUCUGGGAAGACUUCUUACGUGUGUUUGUUUAUAUCAACCGAGGAGUUAACUACCUUCUACAUCUGCUUACCAAGCAUGAUGAGUUCUUCUCGCUCAGGCAUUUACUUGGCAAGGCAGCCCCAGUGCCCGCCUAA